AUGCCAGUGGGUGGCCAGCUGCGAAGGCAGUGGUGUGGGUUCUUGUUGCUCAUCUGCGGCACCUUCGUGCUGCUGUUCGUUGUAGUGCACCAGUACUCGCCCGCUCCCCCCGUCCUUGUCAGGGAUGACGAAGCGUCUUUGCGGAUGGGGCCGCUUCCCGAGGAAGAGACACUCGACGGCGUAGUGGCCCCAGAGACCUAUCCGCGCGGCACCGCGAGCGACGAACUGGCACAGCGAAGAAGCGGAAGGGGGGUCCGCUGUGACACUCUGAAGAGCCUGGGCGAGUGCGCCCGACAUGCACACUGCACUCCGAUCCAGGGCGAUGCCUGCGCUGCGCCUGGCACCGUGGACAAGUCGUCCCUGUUUGGCCACUGCGUAAGCUCUCUCUUUGCCUCAACCUACUCCACGAAGAAGAUGAAGUUGCGGCGAGAGGUCCCCGAGUGGAUGUCGUGUCAUCCGGACCACUCCGCCAUCUGUGCUCGCCCCAGCGGUUCGGGAGGUCCGGUCGCUCGCUUCACCCAGAAGAUCAUUCCGCCCGGUUGGCAAAAAUGUGUGGACUGCUGCGUGCCGCCGGAGCCAGUGCCCGGAUCAGCGGAUCAAUCGCUGGCCAUCAUCGUCACUGUGCAAGAUGAGCUGGCGAGCCUGGUGAAUGCACUCAAGUCCUGGCAGAGGCAUGGGCUCCUCGACUACGCGCAGGAGAGGUACCUCAACAUCGAUGGCGGAGACUCCGACUCGCGGAACAGGAUCACUGGUCUGGCCAGGUCCUACGGCUUCACCGUGUUCACGUCCGAGACGAGCCAAGGCAUCAGCAGCGCAAUGGCCCGGCUGAUGCAGGCGGUGAAGAGCCCGUUUGUGCUCCUGCUGGAAAAAGACUGGAAGCUCGUAGAAUCCCGGGCGACGGUGUUGAAACAGCUCGACCUGGCGAAGCGCCUGAUGUUCUCCCGGCAAAACGGCUCCCGGGCCGACCUGGUCAAGUUCCGUUCGCGGUGGAACUUUGGCUUCCCCAACGUCAGCCCGCGCAAGACCGUGCCACCGGACUGGGACAUCGGCGUCAGCAUGCAGCCCGACCAGGCGCCCGCCGCCACCUCUCACACCUGUCCACUGUACGACGACGCAACUUCGGCUGGCCGGUGGCCCUAA